CCCCUUUCAUCUUCUUCUUACCAUCCACCCGGCUGCCUCUCCACCGCUUAACGACCCUCGAUUCAAUCCAUAAAUCAGUGCUCAUAAGUGGGGUUGAUCGGCGGAACAGCCCCUCCUCUUCAACCUCCCCAAACCCCCCCGCAGCUAUGUGGAUUCAGAGCAGCCAUUGGAAACAACUGUGGAAUACAAAAAGAAUCGAUAAUGACAGGCUCCUGUCUAGAAAUCUUGUUUCCAUGGGAGAGUAGCUGGUAUUGUUUGUUGCUGAGGCAGUGAGGUUCUAAAGAGAGAAAUAGGGAAGAUUUUCCUCUAUCAAGCUCCAAAAUGCCACCGGUUCCUCUUGCACCAUAUCCAACACCUCCAGCACAACCUUAUUCACAGCCUGCUAAUGCCACACAGAGCCAGCUUGUUUGCUCAGGAUGUAGAAACCUUUUACUCUAUCCUGUUGGGGCAACCUCUGUUUGCUGUGCAGUUUGUAAUGCAGUCACUGCCGUUCCACCUCCUGGCACAGAAAUGGCACAAUUGGUGUGUGGAGGCUGCCAUACUCUUCUCAUGUACAUCCGCGGUGCCACGAGCGUACAAUGUUCUUGUUGCCACACCGUCAACUUAGCUUUGGAAGCGAAUCAGGUGGCACACGUUAGCUGUGGGAACUGCAGGAUGCUACUGAUGUAUCAGUAUGGAGCACGCUCAGUGAAAUGUGCAGUAUGCAAUUUUGUGACAUCAAUUGGUAUGACAACAAGUGCGAUCGAUCAAAAAGCUUAAUAGCUAAAGUUAUCGUAAACAUGGUUGUCCCAAAUUCGACAACUGCGGCUUUGCAAUAUUCGUAAUGCCCUACACGGUGUUUGUCCGACUCAACGAGCGGAGGUUCUUUUUCGUAUUCACUUGUAUAGAGCUUUAUUUCUGUGUGUGAACUUUAAAUGUUGCUUUUUUCGUCUUCAUAGUGCUUGAAUGAUGUUUGUAUGAUUUAAGAAGUUUUGGCCUCCUUGGGGGGGAAAGAAUAUAUGGUAUCAGACAACUUUCUAUACUAAGCUGAGUGUAAUUUUUACCCUCUCUUUGUGAACUGCACAAGAAGGUUUAUAUCAGAUAUCAGCUUUUUGAGAUGUCAA